UCCGCUCGCUGCUCUCGGGUCUCGGGAAGGGUUGAGCUUCAGCUGCGUGACUUUCCGGCCUGUCAGGGGAGAGGCGGCCGUGCGGUGAGCUGAGUCAAGUCGCCAUUUUACGCCGUCUUCCCCGGCUCUUUACACGUAUCUGAAGAACUGAGAAUUGUAGACGACAUAUUGUCACCUCUGGCCGAUGAUAAGUGAUUGGCGACCAUAUACUGUAGAGAGAUGAAUGAACAUCCUAAGAAACGCAAAAGGAAGACCUCUUUUCCUUCUCGGUAUGCAGGACAGGCUCCAGCUGUUUCUUCUACAGAUGUCCCUCUUCUGGUCAAAACAGUAGAAAAUAAUGGGAUAUAUUUCGAUCACUGUUACAGUGUCUGUUCUAUAAUUCAAGCUGAUCCUAAACUUCCAGAAAGUGAAGAGGAACAGCCCAGUACUAAUGGAGAAAGCAGAGAGAUGUGCGAGUCUCCCACACUAAUCCCCCAACCAGUUCACGAAGAGGCAGUUGUAGAAGUCCACACUGAAGAGCCAGAGUGCGUCCCAUCCCCUGUCAAUGAGGAGGAAAUAAAAGAUGUCCCACUUCAGAUAGAAGAGAGCCCGGAAGGCAGCCCCUCCUCCAAUCUGACAACCCCUCAGAAGUGGCCAUUGCUGAGGGCCAACAGCAGUGGCCUCUUUCGUUGUGAGCAGUGUGACUACAACAGCAAAUACUUCUCGGAUCUGAAGCAGCAUAUGAUCCUGAAGCACAAGUGCGCAGAGUCUCACAUCUGCAAGGUCUGUAAGCAGAGCUUUCCCAGUGACGAGCUCCUGCUGGAGCAUGGGAAAGUGCACGAGGAGGAGGAGGAGCAGCUGAACUGUAAGCACUGCGACUACAAGACCAGCUCGUUUGAGAACCUCAGUCACCACGUGACAGAUGUCCACUUCAAUGACUUCUUCUACUGGUGCGAGCAGUGUGAUUUGCAGUUUUGCACAAGUAGUGAGCUGUACCUGCACUUUCAGGAGCACAGUUGUGAUGAACAGUACUUAUGCCAGUUCUGCGAGCAUGAGACCAAUGACCCAGAGGAGCUGCAUAGUCACGUAGUGAAUGAGCACACGUGCCGUCUAAUAGAGUUAAGCGAUGCCUAUAACAAUGGCGAACAUGGACACUUCAGUCUAUUGAAUAAAAUUACCUUUGAUAAAUGCAAGAACUUCUUUGUAUGCCAGGUAUGUGGCUUCAGCAGCAGGCUCCACACCAAUGUGAACAGGCACGUGGCCAUAGAGCACACGCGGUUUUACCCACAUGUCUGUGAUGACUGUGGCAAAGGGUUUUCUGGCAUGUUAGAAUACAGUCAGCAUUUAACCCUGCAUUCAUCGGAAGGUGUCUACUUGUGCCAGUAUUGUGAAUACUCAACAGGUCAGCUGGAGGACUUAAAAACUCACCUCGAUUUCCGGCAUUCUGCAGAUCUGCCCCACAAGUGCAGCAGCUGCCUUCUGAGGUUUGCGUCCGAAGAUGAUCUUAAGACCCAUCUUCCAACACAUGAGAACACCUGAAUCAUUGGACAUUUGGCAUGUUAGACACCUGUUCUGGCGCCUGCCAAGAAAUUACUGUAUGAGAUCCAAACACUUCAGUGUCUCCUCAGACUCCUUGGUCCUUUCUUGUGUAGCAGGCUUUAUAGCCAGCUAUGGACUGGACUUCUAAUGAUAUGAUUCCACCAUUCCCAGAAGAUAUCAUUUGUGCCAAUGAUUAAAUGAAACACUCUUGUUUCUAAAGCAGUAGUAAUAAACUUUGUAGUGAGAAAUGAUGGAAAUAAAAUAAAGCCAUCACUGCAUGCUCGGUGGAUAUCACAGAUUUUCUAUAUCUUUAUGUAUUCUUCCUGAAUUUGUUGUUACCUUGUGAAAGUGAAAAUGAAACUGUAAGACACUUGAUUCCCACGUGUGAAACCCUCAGUGUGAGGCUGAAUGGAAAUCAUUCUCUGUAUGUCAGCAAAAUAUUAAAUUGGGGGAAAAUAAA